UCCGGUGCGGCGCGGCCCCGCCCCUGGCGCCGCGGAGCCGAGCGGAACCGAGCCGGGCCCGGGCGCAGCCAUGGCCCAGCCCGCGGGGCCCGCCGCUGCCUGCCGAGCUCAGGGCGGCGCCGGGCGGCAGCCCUACAGCAACGGUCCUGUUCAAAAUCAGAUGAUGCAUUCUUCAGAUGCCCAGGGAUACAACCCUGCAGUUCCAGGAUCGUACUCGCAUCCGAAGGUUCCUCCGCAUCAGCCUUCUGGACAGUACAACUACAGCGGCUCCCAGAACGUUUCUCAGUUCAACAGUUACCAAGGGCCUGGGCAGACUCUCAACAGGCCGCCAGUGGCACCUCUCUCUGGGUCGCCAGUGCAGCAAACGGGUCCUGUACCUCAAGUGCCGCCGCCUGCGUUGCAAAACUCAGCUGCUGUAUCAUCUGCUGGUAGCUUUCCUCCCGGUGCUGGCCCCCCGAUGCUUUCAAACUGGCAGUACAGCCAGAGCGCUGUGAGUCACCCGGCCGGGACGCCGACAAGCCACUUGGCUCACGGGACGGGGACAGGGUCAGCUCAGCCAUCGCCCUCGUUAUCAGGAAAUACAAAUCCUCCAGGAAGUUAUCAGUAUGCUGCUUCUCCGGGAGGUCCCUCGCUUCAGAACAGCUUUAUGAAGCCAGGAUCUGCACCUCCACCAGUGACUCAGCCUUUAACUCCUCUCCACCCUCCCCCAAGGCCACCUUUAGGACCCCCACCAGUUGGUGGUCCACCUUUAAUUAGGCCAUCAACGCUGACAGCGGGACCACCUAAUACACAGUCUCUGCUAAACUCAGCUGCAAAUCAAGACGGUGAUGCUACAUCUGCUGCUAGCGAUGGGUCCGCGGUCCAAAAUAGCUAUGAUGCAAUAGAAGGAGGCGGCCUCAUGGCAACCCCACAUCCUUCUCCUGCACCCCCGAAUCUUAAGAUGAACAGAAAUGUUGGCUAUUCUUACCCUGCCUUGCCACCAGGCUACCAAAAUACUUCACCACCUGGAGCACCAGGAAUGCAAGCAUCUGCUUUGCAAUAUCCAGAUGGAUCAAAACAUUUCCACCAGCCUCCCCUAGGCACUAAUCACUUAACUGCAUCUAUGGGCUCCCUGAGCCUACAGCAAGAAGGAUUAAGACCUGUGAAUCUUCUUCAAGAAAGAAAUAUUCUUCCUACAACCAUCUUACAGGCUCCUGUCCCGAACUUGCAUGAAGAUAUCCAGAAGCUCAAUUGUAAUCCAGAGUUGUUCCGCUGUACCCUGACCAACAUUCCUCAAACUCAGGCCUUACUGAAUAAAGCCAAACUUCCUUUGGGGCUCCUGCUUCAUCCUUUCAAAGACUUAUCGCAAUUGCCAGUGGUCACUUCAAGCACUAUUGUGAGAUGUCGUUCCUGCCGGACGUAUAUUAACCCUUUCGUCAGCUUUCUAGACCAAAGGAGAUGGAAAUGCAAUUUGUGCUACAGAGUGAAUGAUGUUCCUGAAGAAUUCAUGUAUAACCCUGUGACAAGAGUUUAUGGAGAACCUCAUAAAAGACCUGAAGUCCAGAAUGCUACUAUUGAGUUUAUGGCUCCAUCUGAAUACAUGCUACGUCCACCUCAGCCACCUGUGUACCUCUUUGUAUUUGAUGUCUCUCAUAAUGCAAUAGAGACAGGAUACUUGAAUACAGUCUGCAAGACCUUAUUAGACAAUCUUGACUUGCUUCCCGGGAAUACUAGAACAAAAAUAGGCUUCAUCACAUUUGACAGCACAAUCCAUUUCUACAGUCUUCAGGAAGGUCUCUCUCAGCCUCAGAUGCUUAUAGUUUCAGAUAUUGAAGAUGUAUUUAUACCAAUGCCAGAAAACUUAUUAGUAAAUUUAAAUGAAAAUAAAGAGCUUAUUCAGGAUCUACUGAGGACCUUGCCACAAAUGUUUACCAAGUCCCUGGAAACUCAGAGUGCUCUCGGGCCUGCAUUACAGGCAGCCUUUAAACUGAUGUCCCCCACUGGAGGUAGAAUCUCUGUCUUCCAGACACAGCUUCCAUCUGUGGGAAUGGGAGCACUGAAAUCGCGAGAAGAACCGAACCAAAGAGCAACUGCAAAGGACAUACAUCUGACUCCAUCAACUGACUUUUACAAGAAGUUAGCCUUGGACUGCUCAGGACAACAGGUUGCAGUGGAUUUAUUUCUUCUUAGUGGACAAUAUUCUGACUUAGCUUCUCUAGGUUGUAUAUCAAGAUACUCGGCAGGUAGUGUCUAUUACUACCAAUCUUACCAUCAUAAACACAACCCUGUCCAAGUGGAGAAAUUGCAAAAGGAGUUGAAACGAUAUUUAACUAGAAAAAUUGGAUUUGAGGCUGUCAUGAGGAUAAGAUGCACCAAAGGUCUUUCCAUUCAUACCUUCCAUGGGAACUUCUUCGUAAGAUCUACAGACUUGCUGUCGUUACCCAAUGUAAACCCAGAUGCAGGAUAUGCCGUGCAAAUGUCAGUAGAAGAGAGCCUUACUGAUAUGCAGGUUGUUUCUUUUCAGUCAGCUCUUCUGUACACAUCCAGUAAAGGUGAAAGAAGAAUUCGUGUCCACACGAUGUGCUUACCUGUUGUGACAACACUGAGUGACGUCUAUGCGGGGGCAGAUGUACAAGCUAUCACAGGGCUGUUAGCCAAUAUGGCUGUGGACCGAUCAGUUUCUGCUACCUUGAGUGAUGCUCGAGAUGCUUUGGUCAAUGCAGUGAUAGACUCUUUAUCUGCUUACCGUUCGUCAGUCCUAAGCAUUCAACAGCCUGGUCUGAUGGCCCCCAGUUCACUACGGCUCUUCCCACUUUACGUACUGGCACUCUUAAAACAGAAAGCAUUUCAAACUGGGACAAACGCACGUUUAGAUGAACGCAUUUUUACCAUGUGUCAGGUGAAAAACCAGCCCCUCGUUUACCUCAUGCUUAUGACACAUCCCAGUUUGUACAGAGUUGAUAAUCUCACAGAUGAGGGAGCUCUUAACAUAAAUGACAGAACUAUACCUCAGCCACCCAUUCUCCAGCUGUCAGUGGAGAAGUUGAGUAGGGAUGGUGCUUACCUUAUGGAUGCUGGCUCUGUAAUGUUUCUGUGGAUUGGGAAGAACUGUGGGCAGAGCUUUAUCAGCCAAGUCCUUGGAGUUCCAAAUUAUGGCUCAAUACCACAGAACAUGACACAUCUGCCAGAGCUUGAAACUGCAGAAUCCAUCAGAACAAUAGCUUUCAUUUCUUGGCUGAGAGAACAGAGACCUUUCUUUCCUAUACUAUAUAUAAUAAAGGAUGACAGCCCAUUGAAAUCAAGUUUUCUGCAAAAUAUGAUUGAAGACAGAACAGAAUCAGCCUUAUCAUACUAUGAGUUCCUCCUUCAUAUACAGCAGCAAGUGAAUAAAUGAAACGCUAGCCUUUGGCUCAAUUCUUUAAGGAAAGAUUUUGCAGUAAAGAACACUUGUGCUUAUAAUAUCCUCAUUAAAUCUGUGGCCUGAGGCAGUCGAUGAGAAGUUCUCACUGUGAUUUCAACGAACUAAAGCAAAUAAAGGACCACAUCUGAGAAUCAAAUGUGCAACAAUACGUUAUACCUUAAAAAUCAAACUAUUGGAACUGGUUGAGCACCUUUAUUUUGCUGCAAAUCAUGUUUUUACUGUAAGUAGUUGCAGCAUGAAGUACAUUUACAAAGGCAAUACUGAAAAGGUGAAAUACAUUUUGUAAAAUAAAGAGUUCUUUGUUGUUCAAAAUGUAUAUUUCCGUAACUCCUUGCAUUUUUUUUUUUUGCUGCUAGAUAUAAAAACCUCACAAUACUGAUCAUGAUUUGCAGGGAAAUUCUUUAUAAGUGCAUCCAGUGAUCAGAGCAUCUCAAUGUUCAACUUAAAAAUGCUUAAAGUAGCAAUGAAACAACUGUUCAUUGUGAAACGAACAAAUACUUUAUGAAACUUAGAAUCCAGUGUUUGGAAUGGGUUAUGGCUAAUAGGACUCAAGGUAAGCUUAACAUGGACAAGAUGGCUUAAUUUGUGAAAGCUUUUAAUAAGUCAGUAUUCAAUUUUUUUUAAAAAUAGUGGGGAGGAGUGAGCCCUAUAUGAGAUACAUUAAAGUCAGUGGCUGAGUCAGCAGCAAAAGUAGACUUAUAGAUGGCAAGUUUUGUUUUUCUUCAGUAAAAUUUUUCUUCUUACUUUCAGCCUGUGAAUGGUGUGGGAGGGGAAUGGCAAGUAAGGUUAUCCCAGGAUAUAUGUUUAGUAGACUUUGGGCUCUUGUUUACAUAACUGAAUGUUAGGCCCCUGAAAUUUAGCGUGUUUACGAAGUGCGUUUGUGUGAUGGCACUUCAAACCUAGUGGUUUGAGACCACAUUCAAUAUUCUGACACUAAAAUUGGAAAAUAAAUUAUUUUUCCAAAGACAAAAACAUUAUUUUGUAUUUAAAGAUUUCUUUAUGGUUUGAGACGUACUUGAAGUUCUCCAAGAUUUCUUUACUGCAGCUGCCUAAUGAGCCUAGGUCCAAAGCCAGUGUGCACCAAAUAAAAGCUUUAAAUGUACUCUCAGAUCCCUGCCAGAGCUACAGACGGAAGUUGGCCUUGGACUUGAAGUGAAAAUUUAUAUACAAAAAUAUUUAGAUAAUUUUAUAAAAGUGUAUCAGUGAUCUCCAAAAGAGUUAUCAAUAGCUAGCAUCAUGAAGAGUAUUUAAGUUGCUGUAUCUGUAUGCCCAUGGAAGACAUUUGUAUGGAAGAAUCUUGUUUUACUUUUUUGUUUAAUGGCGAUAUCAUUCUUGCAAAAUCUACUUCUUGGUGCAAGUGAAGCGUACAGGUGAAACAUUUAUAAAUAAGUGGUCAAGCAUAUACUGUGACCAGGCUAGUUAGCUUACGCUUGGUGAUAGAAAUGUCAAAGGACACUGUAGGGUAAUCAUUUGCUACCAUUACAGGCUGUAGCUACACUUGAUUGUCAGGAGUUGCCUUACUUCAGGGGAGGAGUUUCUUUGGAGAAAUUGGUCUUUUCACUUGAGCACAAGAAGGUAAAGUUCAGAGAAUGUCUAAAAUAGUGUGAAAAGACUAUUGUAGAACCAAUUUAAGCUUCACUGUUUGCUGUCUCUGUAGCAAACAGGAGUAUAUUUACUUGAACAGCUUUUCAGAAAAUUGCACAGUUUCUAGUCAGAAUGGAGAGAUGUGUUUUUUUUUUUUUUAAGUUUUGGCAGUAUGAUCUUUUUUUCCCUGGGAGAAGGGGUCUCUUCAUUUAUAAAUGGAAGCUAUGCGCUUGCAUAGUUUAUCACGUAAAACUUGCAUUUUGGGUAUGUUAUUGCUCGGAUGUUGAAAGUCAUCCUUGCAUCUACCAGCCUACCCAAAGUCUGUUUCUUACUCUGACUGUAUUUUGCUAUAAUAACCCUGUAAUUUUUUAAAAAACAUAAAUGUUGGAGAUUACUUCAUUACUUUAUGUACACCAGACUAAUGGCUGAAGAUAUCAGUGUUUGUGGCAAUUAACUUUUAAUUAGGGUCCCUAAGUUUUACAGAGCAAAAUGUUAUAAACAAGAAUCAGAUGAACCCUCUUGGAGUGGAUCGCUUGUUUUCAUCUUAGAAAUUCUGUAAUGAACUUUGUUAGUUUAUUCCCUCGCAGUGGGAAAAGCCUGCUGUAUUGUAAGGGCAAUACAGGACAGAUGAACACACAAGCUACCUAUGAUGUGUUAUUUUUACCUACCAUUGAAAAACAAGGACACUGAAGAUGAACUGCAACAACAGGCAGGAGUGGCUCUGGUACUUAGAUCUCAGCAAGACAACUCUACCACUGCAAAUGUAUUCUAUUUUUCUAGUUGAGGACUUUUUUUAAACUUAUUUCUGUAUUUGACACAUUAGUGUUCGGCCAACAUUGUUACCAUCCAUUUUACUUUGCUUUCAUUAUUGUUUUAAUUUAAUAUAUUUGAGUCUAAGUCCACAUAGAUUGUUUUGCAAUAACUAGAAUGAUUCACUUUUAUUUAGAUUUAAUUUCUUAACAGAAUUUAAUCAAAGAUGCAAAAUGGCUAUUAAGUAAGGGACCAUUAAAUGUGAUUUUAAGCUUCUGUUUACUAUUAUGGAUGUAAUCCUUACAGUAAAUUUAAUUUUGUAAAGUAGUGUAUAAUAUUGUAAUAUUAAAUCUUUGCUUUCUGAACUAGGACAUUUGAUCUUCAGUAUGAAGUUAUAAAUCUUCCCCAUUUUGAAUUUGAGACAGGAUUUACUUGUCCUCCUUUUUACAGUUUGUAAUUUUCACUGUUUUAUUCCUGUAAAAAGUCAUUUGUAACACAUGCAAAUGCUUAUUUUAUCUGUGCUAAUUUAUCAGAUUUGGCUACUCAAUAAAAUUAAUUGAAAGAA